UCCUCACAGACACAUGCACCCCACCCACGGCUACAGCAAGCCCCCCAAAGGGGCUACAAUACAGAUGGAGCUUCUGAAGUACCUGCCCUGGCAUCGUGCAGUCCUGGCUGUGGUCCUGAACCUGCUGGCCCUCAGCCUGUCCACCACAGCCCUGUUCGCCAGCUAUUGGUGUGUUGGCACUCAGAAGGUCCCCAAGCCCUUGUGCGGGAAGACCAAGAGCACCAAGUGCAUCGGUGUCCCCAUGCCUCCUGACGUAGGGACUGGCAACUUCUCAUCGCCAUCCCAGGACGUGGUGCACUAUAGCUGGGAGACCGGAGACGACCGCUUUGCCUUCCGGUACUUCCACACGGGCAUGUGGCUUUCCUGCGAAGAGAACAUCGAGGAAGAGGAUGAGAAAUGUCGCAGCUUCAUUGAACUUUCACCUCCAGCAGAGAGAGGCAUCCUCUGGCUGUCACUUGGUUCAGAGAUGGUCUACAUAAGCCUAUUGCUCAUUAGUUUCAUCCUCCUGCUGAUGGAGAUGCUGUACACAGGAAACCCAGUUUGUGGACUCAAGCUCAAUGCCUUUGCUGCUGUCUCCUCUGUCUUGUCAGGCCUGCUUGGGAUGGUGGCACACAUGAUGUACAGUCAAGUUUUCCAGGCAACUGUAAAUCUGGGGCCAGAGGACUGGAGACCGCACUCAUGGGACUAUGGCUGGGCUUUCUACAUGGCCUGGGCCUCCUUCACUUGCUGCAUGGCCUCCGCCGUCACGACCCUCAACACGUACACCAAGUCAGUGCUGGAGUUCAAACGCAACCAUGAGAAAGCCUGCAACGGGAGCUUCACAAUGGACCAGUCUCAACACCACCAGUGCUUCUUGCCGCUGCAGUAUCACCACAGAGAGCAGAUCAGCAGCUAUUACCAGCACCGAGAAAAACCUCUCCACUCUGUCUCCGAAGGCGUCGACUUCUACUCGGAGUUGCAGCAGAAGGUGCUACAGAGGGAGCCUGAUGUAGAGCUGAAUGAGGUCCUGGGAAAAUGCGUCGGGGAGGAUUCCUGUUAGGAUGGAGAGUUCAGUGGAACAGUAGGAAAGUGGAAGGACUCUAAACCAACCAUUUAGCCACCUCUGGGGCUCUGGCUUCUUUCAUUCACACUACCUGGGAAUUUGGGGUAGUGGGGGGAAGUAUGGGGUAUUGGCACUGAUGUAUCUGGACAGUACUGCAGAAACUGUUACCCUGAACUAUUGAACACAAGAGCGGGUGAUACCAAACAUAGCUAAUUUAAAGGAAACUGUAAUGCACAGCAAAUGUAUUAAUCCAACAAAGUAAUCAAAGUCCAAACUCAUUUUUUAAUUGUACAGCUCCUCUUCAGAGGACUAUAUUGGAGGGAAAAUUAA